AUCGUAAAGAAUCACUCCCACACUGCUGAUCGAUUUUGACUCUCGGUCGUAACUUCAUGUUUUGAAAUGCGCAUGUAUUUCGUGUAUUUUAUCUCUCAUCUUAACCUAUAAUAAAUUUAAAGUGAUAUUUUACAUACGACCCGGUGACUGUUGCAGCACUUUUUCAAUUUAAAUCGUUUUAAAUGUAAUAAUUUGAAAAGUAUUCUGUUUCUCAGUAUUAUUACUGUUGAAUGUUUUUUAAUUAAUUUGCGUUCUGUUUAAACUAAUACACUAUGGACAGUGAAAAGCCGGAUGUAAUGUCUGCGAAUGAACUGAGAGUUAUACUGGAUUAUUACUCUCAAUAUCCACCCCCAUGGAUUGAUAAUUCAAAGUCUUCAGCUAAAAAGAGAAAAAUGGAAAAUAAUGAUAUCAGAAUAGUUGAAGAUGUUUUACGUGCUUUAAAUUUAGCAGCUGAACAUUUUCGAAACCUUUGGGAUUGGUCAGAAUUUGCCAAUAUGUAUUUAAAUAAUGAUAAUACAUAUGUUGUUUGGUUGGCUUGUCAAUGUAAUGCUAUUAUAUUACAAUUAACUGAAUCGGAAAAGAAUGCUUUGGUUAAUCUUUAUAUGGAUCAAAAAACUAAUGAUGAACAUAUGCUUACAUACAAUUUAAAGUCACACUUAGACCAAAAAGAUUAUCUCAAAUCUUAUAUUGCAAGCCAAUAUAUAACUGUUGAAGAAGUAUUUUUACCUAUUGUUGGAGCUUCUAAACAGCUUAAUGAUCUAAUUCUUGUAAAUUCUACAAAACAGAAUUUACAAAAACUAUCUUUAGCAGUUUCUGCAGGAAAAGUUGCUUCUUUGGUUGGGCCCGUUGGAAGUGGCAAAAGUGCUUUAGUACAUUAUUUAGCAAAUGUUACUGGGCAUACUGAUGAAAAAUUACUAACUGUACAACUUGGAGAUGAAACCGAUUCUAAAAUGAUGCUAGGAUCAUAUCAUUGUACUGACAUUCCUGGAGAAUUUGCUUGGCAACCUGGAGCUCUUACAAAGGCUGUAACUGAAGGAAAAUGGUUAUUGCUUGAAGAUAUAGACUCAGCUUCUAGUGAUUUAGCAGCUGUCCUUGUAUCACUUAUAGAAAGUCGAACACUUACUGUUCCUGGAUUUAGAGAUAGAAUUAUUCCUGCUACUGGAUUUCAGUUAUUUUUUACUCAAAGAGUUGUUUCUACUACUAGUGGAUAUUAUAGUAAACAAAACAUUGCAACAGAUUUACUAGGAAAGCAUUAUAUUCAAGUAAAUGUUGAACCAUUAAGCAAAGAAGAAUUAAUUAAAGUGAUUGAAAUUAAGUUUCCAGUAUUAAAAACAAUAGCCCCAAAAAUUGUUGAUGUUUUUUUCUUGUUUUCUGCUGGAUUUCAUAAUGAUAUUAUUCUAAAUUUAAAAAGCAGUGGGAGAUUAACUUCCACUAGAGAUUUAAUGAAGUGGUGUUCAAGGAUUGUGAAAGAAUAUGAUGUAACUUCCAGUGAAUCUGCUUUGAAAGUAAUUCAAGAUGCAAUUGAUAUAUUUUGUUGUAGUGAAAGAGAUUCAAAAACAAGACUUGAGCUUGCUCGACAUGUUGCUUCAUUGAUUGGUGUUGUAAAAACUAAAGCAGAGUUCUUUUUAAAUGAAUACAAACCAACUAUAAUACUUGAUGAAAAACAUUGUAUUGCUGGUCGAGUUACAUUACCACGAACAGGUUCAUUUUUAACAGAAAAUUAUUUAUCAAAUUCUGUCUUUGCUUUUACACGGUCUUCUUGUUGUCUUUUGGAGCGAAUUGCUUCUGCUAUUGAUACACAAGAAUCAGUAUUGCUUGUUGGAGAAACUGGAACUGGAAAAACAUCAACACUUCAACUACUUGCUAAACACACCGGAAAUAAAUUAAUUGUUUUAAAUAUGAAUCAACAAAGUGAUAGUGUUGAUCUCAUUGGAGGUUAUAAGCCAGUUGAAUUCAAAAUUAUUAUUAAACCAAUUCGAGAAGAAUUUGAAUGUCUUUUUAGAGCUGAAUUUGAUUUAGUAGAAAAUACAAAAUUUUUGGGACACAUAUCAACUUGUUUUAAUAAUCGUGAGUGGACCAAAUUAAUCAAAUUAAUUAAGCAUGUAGUAGAAAAAGCAAUUAAAAAGAAUACAAGAACUAAUAAACCUAUAAAACAUUGGUUAAAUUUAAAUGAAAAACUAAGUAGGUUUGAAAUUCAAUUGAAACAUUGUCAAACAUCAAUGGCUUUUGCAUUCGUUGAAGGAAGUCUUAUUCGAGCUGUUAAAGAAGGAUAUUGGGUCUUACUGGAUGAAAUAAAUCUUGCCUCAGCAGAAACAUUACAAUGUUUAUCAAGUUUACUUGAAUCUAAUGGAACUCUAACUAUAUAUGAAAAAACCGACUCUAAACCUAUCAUCAGACAUCCAAAUUUUAGAUUAAUGGCAGCCAUGAAUCCAGCAACCGAUGUUGGUAAAAAAGAUUUGCCUUCUGGCAUAAGAAACAGAUUUACAGAGUUUUUUGUUGAUGAGUUAAUAGAACGUUCAGAUUUAAUUACAUUAACAGCUUCUUAUUUACCAGACUAUUCUGCUAAAAAAUUAAAUUGUAUAGCUAAAUUUUAUUUAAUAGCAAAACGUGAAGCAGAACAUAAUUUAGUAGAUGGAACUGGACACAAACCUCAUUAUAGCUUAAGAACAUAUUGCCGUGCAUUGUCGAUUGCGUCAGUAAAUCCAUGUCAAUCAACUCAAAGAUCAUUAUAUGAAUCUUUUUGUCUUAGUUUUCUGACUCAAUUAGAUAGCUUGUCUCAUAAACUUGUUGAAACAUUAAUAGCAACCACUAUGUUUGGUGAAAAGUUAAUCAUGGGAGUUAUUAAUCAACCUAUACCAAAACCCAUUAAGACUGAAAUGUUUGUUCAGUUUGAAGGUUAUUGGAUUCAAAAAGGAAGCCUAGAACCUUCAACUGCUGAGAACUAUAUUUUAACAAAUAGUGUUAAAAAGAAUUUACGGGAUCUUGUUCGAGCUGUUUCAUUAAGUUGUUUUCCAGUUUUAAUUCAAGGAGACACAUGUGUGGGAAAAACUAGUCUUAUCACCUAUUUAGCAGCUGCAUCUGGUAAUAAUUUGGUGCGUAUUAACAAUCAUGAGCACACAGAUUUACAAGAGUAUAUUGGCUCGUAUUUAGCUGAAUCUAUAACAGGUCAACUAGUAUUUAAAGAAGGAGUUUUGGUGGAAGCAAUGAAGAAAGGUCAUUGGAUUGUAUUGGAUGAAUUGAAUUUAGCACCAACUGAUGUAUUAGAAGCUUUGAACCGAGUUCUUGAUGACAAUCGUGAAUUAUUUAUACCAGAAACUCAGACGACUAUCAAAGCUCAUCCUGGAUUCAGAUUAUUUGCUACUCAAAAUCCUCCAGGAUUAUAUGGUGGUCGUAAAAUAUUAUCCAGAGCAUUUAAAAACCGUUUUAUUGAGAUGCACUUUGAUGAGAUUCCAGCCAACGAGUUGGAAAUUAUAUUAUUUAAACGAUGUGAAAUUCCAUCAUCGUAUGCUAAAAAAAUAGUAUCUGUAAUGAAAGAACUUCAAUCAACACGUAAAGGUAGUGCUGCAUUUGCUGGAAAACAUGGUUUCAUAACAUUGAGAGAUUUAUUUAGAUGGGGUGAGCGGUACCGUUUAGCGAAUGUAUCAAAUAACUAUGAUUGGAAUCAACAUUUGGCUGAUGAAGGUUUUUUGGUUUUGGCUUCUAAAGUUCGAAAAAUAGAAGAAGAACAAACUAUUCUACAUAUAUUAGAAAAACAUUUCAAAUGUUCACUUUCUCUAAAUAGAUUAUUUACAUUAAAUGAUAGUACAUCUGUAGUAACUCGUCAUAUACUUCAAAGAAUACAAAAACCACCCCCUGGAUUUGAACAUAUUUACAUGUCUAAAAAUUUAAGACGAAUGGUUGUUCUCGCUUCUAAGUCUAUUGAGUUUAAUGAACCCAUACUAUUUGUUGGUGAAACUGGGUGUGGUAAAACAACUGUAUGUCAAAUGAUGGCUGCUCUUAGUAAGAAAAAAUUACUAACUGUUAAUUGCCAUCAGCAUACUGAAAGUUCAGACUUUCUUGGUGGACUCAGACCAGUACGUAAUAGAGAACGAGAAAAUGAUAAAAGACUUUUUGAGUGGGUUGAUGGACCAUUAAUAGAAGCCUUAACUGAUGGACAUAUGUUUUUAGCUGAUGAAAUUUCUUUAGCUGAUGACAGUGUCUUAGAACGUUUUAAUUCUUUGUUAGAACCGGAAAGAAAAAUUUUACUGAGCGAAAAGAUUGGAGAUGAUAAUGAAUCGGAAUUAGUUGCUCAUCCUGAUUUUUGUUUUAUUGGUACAAUGAACCCCGGGGGUGAUUAUGGAAAAAAAGAAUUAUCACCAGCCCUUCGUAAUCGUUUGACUGAAAUUUGGUGUGAAAGUUGUACUGAUGAUGACGAUCUUGUUGAUAUUAUUAAUCAAAACUUUUCAAUGUUUCAUGAUCAUAGUUUAUAUUUGAGUCAGGCCAUGGUUGAUUUUGUGAAAUGGUUAAAGAAAACAGAAUUUAUCAGAAAUUAUUUAAAGUUAAAUAUAAGCAUCAGAGACUAUUUAAUUUGGGUCAAAUUUAUUGAAUCAAUGAUGAACCAACUUCCUAGCGAUGAUAUAAAUUAUAAUAAUUUACGUACAUUCAUCACAUUAUAUUAUGAAGGAGCACAAAUGACAUUUCUUGAUAAGGCUACCAAGAUCGAUCCACUCUAUGAUCAUGCCAUUGAAUGUGCUUUAUCUGAUUCUUUGAAAAAAUAUCUAAACUUAGAAACUAUUGUAUUAAAUGAUAAAGGUGAAAUAAUAAUUGAUAAAUUGGUUGACUUAUUUCCAAAAAAAUGCAAUACUAAUUUUUUUGGAUAUGAUGGGUAUCACAUAUGUAGAGGCGAGUUACCUGAAGAACUUGUGCCUGAAUUUUCAUUUGAUGCCCCGAAUACUAAAAAAAAUAUCAUACGAUUAUUACGAUGUAUGCAGAUAGAGAAUCGAGCUAUAUUAUUAGAAGGUAGUCCAGGCGUUGGAAAAACCAGUUUAGUUCAAGCCAUCGCCAAAGUAUCUGGUCAUAAAUUAACUCGUAUAAAUCUCUCAGAACAAACGGAUGUCUCAGAUUUAUUUGGGGCAGAUUUACCUACUGAUGGUGGAGAUGGUGGUAGUUUUGAAUGGAGAGAUGGCCCGUUUUUAAGAGCAUUAAAAGAAGGAAAUUGGAUUUUAUUGGAUGAAUUAAAUUUAGCAUCACAAUCAGUACUUGAAGGACUGAAUGCAGUUCUUGAUCAUAGAGGAGAAUUAUAUAUACCAGAACUUGGCCGAACCUUUAUAAUAGAAUCUAAGAAAACAAGAUUAUUUGCUUGUCAAAAUCCAAUGAGUGAAGGUGGAGCCAGAAAAGGACUACCAAAAUCAUUUUUAAAUAGAUUUCUUCAAGUUCAUUUAAACGUAUUAGAUCAUCAUACUAUUGUAAGCAUAUUAGAAAAAAUUUAUGGAACAAAACUAAUGCAUUCAGAUUCGUUACAAUUAGAUGAAGUAGUUGAAUUUACUUUGUCCCACUGUGACAAAUAUAAGACUGAUAUGAAUUUAAGAGAUAUAUUACGUUGGGUUGAUGUAACAGUUAAACUGAAAUGUGAAGUUUCAGAACAUUUUUCAUUAAUAUUUUCUGAUCGUUCACCAAGUUUAAAGAAAAUACAUAACAAACUAUUCAGUGAAUUUAAUACCACAUGUGAAGUUUUUAACCCCGUUUAUGAUUUCAUAAAAAUAUUUCCAUGUGCCACUAUGUUCAACAGAAUCAUAAUACCACGUAAACGCGCUGUUAGCAUGCCAAUAGAUCAAAGCAAUUAUAAACUGAUUUUGAAAUCCCAUACUCACACAUUAAAUUCUUUAGCUGUGUGUAUGAGAAUGAAUUGGAUGCCAAUUUUGGUGGGUGUUGGUUGUGGCAAAACUUCUAUAGUUAAAACAUUUGCUCAAUUGUGUGGACAUGAAUUACGUAUAUUACCUGUAAAUUCAGCUAUGGAUACAAUAGAAAUAUUAGGUGGAUUUGAACAAGCUGAUUUUAAUAGACACCUCGAAGAAUAUGCAAGAAAAAUAGAAAGUGCCAUUUAUUUUGAAGUUGGUCAACAGCUUCUUAAUAAACAAAAUGAUAAGAUUUCAUUAUUAACAUUAUGGAAUGAAUAUAAAAAAAUGACUGAUGUUAUAAAUAAUACAAUGACCACUAUGGCUUCAGAAAUGACCUUAUUUAAAAAGAGAAUUGUUAAAUUAAUUGAAAUUUCAAAUAAACUAGAACAUUUUGAGAUGUCAUAUUCACUUCAAGCUCUUAGUGAACGUAUUUGCUCUAUUGGAAGUUUAAAUUCAGGAGGAAAAUUUGAGUGGAUUGAUAGUGUUUUAGUAAAGUGUCUAAUUGAUGGUAAUUGGUUAUUGAUUGAUAAUGUAAAUUUAUGCAGUCCAGCUGUAUUAGACCGUUUAAACGGAUUAUUAGAACCAAAUGGCGUUUUAGAAAUAGGUGAAAAGGGUAUAGAUUCUGAAGGUAAAAUAACAACUAUAAAACCUCAUAAAGAUUUCAGACUUUUCUUGGCUAUGGAUCCAAAGCACGGAAGUAUUUCUAGAGCUAUGAAAAAUCGAGGAGUUGAAAUUUACAUGAGUCCAUUGGAUGAAAUAAAUAAUCAUGAUAUUCAUUCUAUGCUUGAAUUUCAAGGCAUUCAUGAUAAAAAGAUCAGGCAUAUACUAAUAGAAUUUCACAAUGUUAUUAAAGAUCUGGCUAUUGGAAUUAAUUUUAGUAUUAAUCAUCUAAUCCGCACUGCAUAUUUGGUGUCACAAAACUUAAAACAAGGUCGGUUAGUUCCGCAAACCAUUCGAGAAAUGUGUAUUGACACCUAUGUCCGUUGUUUGAAUGAUAAUUUAAAACAAAAUGCCAUAUCAGAAAUUGAUCGUCUUUUAGAAGAACACCCAAACAUUUCAAAUGAAUUUAUGUGUCCUAGUCUUAAUACACUAGAUAUUUUGCAAUCUUCAAGCUUAUGUUAUAUAAAACAAGAAUGUAGUAUUAUAGAGCAGUAUGAAAAUCUGGAAAAUAUUAAUCUAGAAGAUUUAUUAUUGUGUUAUUUUGGUCGAUCAUCGAAAUCAGAUAUUACUAUGAGAAGUAAAUGGUUAUCAUUACAUUUGGAUUCUGAUAUUGAAGCUAUCAAAAAUUUUAUUAAACAACCUCCAGAAUUGGAAUUUGAUAUGUUAAAUUUUGUUGUAAAAUCUUCAGAUUAUGUUGAUAUCAAUGACUUACCAUAUGACUUUAGAUAUUUACCUAAUACUUACUAUAACAAUGGAAACCCUAUUUGUGAUUCAACUCCAUAUGCCGAAAACAAAAUACAUUUGAUGUUAGAUCAUGCAUUAAAUCGAGCUUUGGAUAAAAAUUUUGCAACUAAAAAAAUGAACGAAAAAAAUAUAAUGAUAGCAGAUGGUGGAAUGCUUCAUGAUUAUGCUAUCCUAUCCAUUGCUUUUGAAGAUUUUCUUGAUUAUUUCAUGGGUGAAAAAUCAUUAACCAUAGAUGAGUUCAAUUGUUUACUAUUAAAAGAAAUGAUAAUUUGGACUCGAACAAUUGAAAAAAUUCUUUAUGAAAAAUUAGAUAAAGAAAGUGAAUAUGUUUCUGUACUAAUUUACUGCUAUUUUUAUGUAAUCGUAAAACAUUUUGUGCCAAUGAUGCAGGACGUGACUGGAAGAGAGGAGAGAAUUCCAUAUUUUGAAAGAUUAAAAACCAUGAGAAAUCAAGUUUUGAAAAAUUAUCUUACUCCUAAUCGAUGUGAACAAUUUAUCCAUUCAUUUAGAAGAAAUUUGAAGAUACCAUCAUAUAAUUGUUGUAAAAUUCAUGGUGAUGCAAAUAUUAAAGCAUAUAGUCUAAACAUUGAUUUUGUUACAUCAAUCAAGUCAUAUAAUAUACUAAGUGUAGUUAGUUGUGAAAUUAAAAAAUUAAGAUCCUAUUUGCUUAUGGUGAAAUACAACAGAUGUGAAAGUGUAACUGAUGAUAAUGAAGAACUUGAAAAAACUUAUAUGAAUGACAUGGAAUUCAACCUUAUUCCAUUGUGGGAAUAUGUAAUUGAAAGGAAUUUCUUUAUUCGUAUAAAUUAUAGUUUUACUAAGAAUCCAAUAUAUAAUAAAUAUAAAUCUACAAAAUUAUUGUUACAAUAUGUUCCAACUGUAUCACCAUAUUAUCACAACUCCUUAAACAAUGAUAACGAAUUCUCAGUAGAAUUUCUAUUGGAAGGAUUAAAACAUUCUAUGAAUUCUGUUGCUGUAGAAAAUCCAAAAUCAUUUUUAGAAUGGUCAUCUAAGAAUAUUGAAAUACAAAAUUCUGAUGAAAUAAUCAACAAAGAAAUGCUGUAUUCAUUUGAACAACCGCUGUUCACAGUUUUUAUUACUCAUAUUCUACUAAAGGAAACUGAAUCAUUUUAUACAUUUUCCCCUACACCUAUUAGGUUUAUUCAAAAAAGCAGUCAUAAUUUAAAAUGCAUUAAAAGUUUUAUAUGGAACUUCUCAGAGUGGAAUUCAGAUAAUCAAUUUGAAAAUAUUGAAACAUUAUUGAAGCUUGUGAAAUUAAUCUUCAGUCCUUUGUUACCAAAUGACUCAUCUUUGAAACAACUUCACUUAAAGAGAGAUGAUGAAGCAAUUAAAAGUUCUGUUGCUGCCAAAGUUAACUACAGUGAAAAUAUGGUCAAAGUUAUUUUUGAUACUGCACAAGAAAUAGCAAACAUUAAAAGAUAUUUAGAUUUGCACAAAAAUGAAGUACAUUCUACAGAUUUUGAUCGUACUAUAUUUAAAGAAAUACAAUUCAGUGCCGGUCGCUUAUGGGUACUAUCAGGAAUGUGCUUACUUGAAAUAUUUUCAGCAAUUAGCUCUGUUGAUCCAUUGCAAAAAACAAAAAUACGUAUUGAAUGUUCUGAGGCAGAGAAAAAGAAAUUAAAUAGUAGAUUAUGUGCUGAACGAUUAUUUUGCAAAGCAAAUGGUGUAUCAAAAAUAUUCCCAUUUAAAAACUACUAUGAUGAAAGACUUAAAAUGUUAAACAGAAAACACAAAAAUGUCGGUUAUAGACCAGAUCCUCCAAUGUAUAAUUUUAUUUUAAAGGAGGUAAUUCGUUUUUCAAAAAUGUAUGGUUUGGAAAGUAACACCUAUAACAUGAUUGAUUCAAACAAUAAGACAGACCAUGAAGCUCUUGUGAAUGAAAUGGAUAACUGGCUAAAUUCAGUCUCCAAUUUUCACGAUGAUUUAAAUAAACAUUACGCAGCAUAUCCUGAUAUUCUUUCAGGAAUACUUCUUUCCAUUAAUCAAAUGAGAUAUGGAAUGAGAAUGUUGAAAAAUCAUUAUAAAUGGGCAAUCAACAAAAACGAAAAUAUUUCCUGUAAUGAAGUUGAGUUAUUAAAAUUAUUUGGUAAAUAUCCUCGAUUUUGUCCUAACAUUAUACAAAUGACGAGCAUGGAUAAUGAGGUUUCAAUGAAUAUCAGCGAUAAAUUCAGGUGGUACAAAUUAUGUUUGGAAGAAUUAAAUAAUAUGUUAUAUUUGAGUGGUCAAGCAGAUGGAUCAAUCAGUGGUCAAUAUAUUAGUACAAUAGAAUAUAUUCUUGAAAAAUUUAUAAAUAAUUGGAAGCAACUUCAAGAAGAAGAAGAAAAUAAAAAACGCGAAGAAGACAGUAUAUACAAACAAAAGUCAAUGUGUGAAACAAUACCAAUUGAAAUUGAACUUGCUCAAGGAGUGGCUCGUCAAUUCCCAAUUACUAAACAUUCUGAUUUUAAUGAUAUAGAAGGUCCUCAAACACUUGAUCAUGAUAUUUUACAGAAUACAGAAACUAUAGAAGUCUAUAAUCUUAACGAUAAAGAUAUUAAUGAUAUUUGUCGAUUACAUUCAGAAUUAAUACGACCAGCUGCUUUAGCUCAUUGGUUACCUAAAUCUUCUACUUCAAUUCAUCUCACUGAUGCUAAAACAAGAUUAUAUUCUUCAUUUUCUGAUAGAUUUUGUAUGUUUGGAAAACUUCUAAUGUCUAAAUUUAUGUAUUUGGAUCAUUCAAUGGAUAUAAAAAUGAUGCCAUGGCUUUUAGUGGCUACCAAUGUAGCAAAUAAUCCAAAAAAACUUGAUAACAAAGGUUAUUAUGAUUUUUAUCGAGAUUCUAAUAUUGACUGUGCCAAAAAAACAUAUGAAGCCCUUAAAAGUGUUGAAAAUCACCUUAUCACAUUAUUAUGUGAAUGGCCUGAUCAUCCAACUUUACAAACAGCAAUGAAAAUAGUAGAAAGAAUAAUGAACUUUGAUUGGUCAAGUCCUGCUAGCCGUUUUUUGAUCGGUUUUGAACUUUUAUUAUCUAAGCUUCAUGAAUGGGAAGAAAUUACUCACCAUGGUAUGAGUGUACGAAGUAUAAUAUUAAUCAUAACUCGUUAUAUUCAAGAAUAUCGUAAUCUAGAGUUAAGUUCUUGGAAGGAUUGUUUAAAAACAUCACUAAAAAAGGUACAAAAUGAUUCAUCUAAAUGGUGGUUUCAUUUGUAUUCAAUUUUUCAAGAUUACCUUCACAAACAAGAAACUUUUCAGCAACUUGUUACAGCUUUACAAAAGUUUAUGGAAAGCUCUUCAUUAGGUCAAUAUUUGGCAAGACUAGAAUUGCUUUAUACGUUUCAUUGUGAUGUAGUUUGCAAGGAAAAAUCAGCAACCCAAACUGAAUUAUGUAAUGCUUCUUGGAAUCUUUAUAAGUAUUAUUCUCAAUUUAAAGACUGUAUAAAUCUUCAUAUUGAAACAUUAAGUAAGGAUACUAAAAAGAAAUUAGCAGAUUUCAUAAAAAUAGUUAAAUGGAAUGAUAUUAAUUAUUGGUCAGUUAAAGAAACUGUAACAAAAGUACAACAAACAUUACAUAAAUACACUCGAGAGUAUGAGGAAAUUUUAAAUAAUUCUGCAUCAUUUGCUAUGACAAUCAAAUCAUCAUCCAUAAUAGAUAAUAAGGUUGAUCCUUAUAUUUUACCUACUCUUGAACUCAAUAAAUAUUUGCGAAACUGUGAAGUAUUUUUGAACAUUGAUUCAACAAAUGCGAAUAUUAAUGUUCUUAGAAACAUUAAUAAAUAUUCUAAAAAGUUACUUAAAUUGUCUUUUAAAAUAAUGAUUAAAUGUUCUUAUACUUCGUAUAUAACUGAUUUGAAUGACUUUAUUAAUGGUAUUAUGGAAUCAGCACACGAAUUACGUGACAUAAAAAUUGAUUCGGAUCUUUCAAAAGAAAAGCAAAAAUCCCAAGCCAAGCAAAUAUUACAACGAAAACGGAAAGCAUUAUCUGACCUAUUCAAAGUUUUAAAUCGUAUUGGCUUGUCUUAUAAAGCUGGUUUAAUAGGAUGUGAAAAAAUGGAUUCUUCUAUUGAAUUUGCUCGUUUACCACCAAUAGAUAUAAAUGCAGCACUUCAAUUCUUAAUUCCUGAAUGUAUUGAUGAUAAUCUACGCUGCGCUUGGUCUGAUUGUGAAUCAUAUUUCUUAAAAUCCGUUUCCCAAACUUCUGCUCUAAAUGUUGCUUCUGAAACACCAAAAUUAGGUCAACAAGAAAUGAAUCGUAUUAAAGGUUUUGUGAAUGACCUCAAGAAUGUGACAUGGAAUUGUAAAAAAAAUUUGGCCUCAAAUAUAGAUUCUCUAGUAAAGUUCCGCUGUAUGAUGAACUUAUCUCAAAAAAUUACUGAUUCUAAUGAUGUUAUACUCGAUCCAUCACCAGAAUUACUGCUACCCAUCAAUUACAUUGCUAACAGCUUAAAUUUUUUACACCAACUUAAAGUUGCAAUUCAAGACUGUGAUGAAAAUAUAGAUUUCACAUCAAAUGAUUCUGUUACAUCAUUAUUAAAUUCAAAUACACAACAUACUUCUUUUAAUGACAAAGAACCUAAACCAUCUGAAACAGUUAAUACAAAUCUCGAUGAUUUUAUAAAUGAAGGUUUAUCUGAACUUAAUUUUAUAAUCGAUAAAGAUUCAACACGUGCUAUGAAGUUAUGUAAUGUAAAUUUCUUACUUCGUUCAAACUACAUUAAAUCAGUUUUUACGAGUAAUGUUUUUAUGGAAUAUAUUUCCAAGUCCAACGAAAAAACAAGGAUAUUAAGUAAUGAUGAUAAUUUUAACCCUGAAAAUAGGUUCAUGGACCAAUUUGUUGCACCUUAUGUUAAUGAACCUAAUUUUAAAGAAAUUAAUAAUUUGAUAAAUCAAAUUCUUAAAUCCGUUGAAAAACUUUACCAAAAAAAUUCAGACCCUGAAAACGAUAAUGAAAAUGAUAAACUGUUAAAACGUCUUAUCAUUCAACCAUUGUCUUCCGACUUAGAAGAUUGCAAUUUGGCCAAUAUUACUAAGAGACUUGAAAAUGUGCUUAAGUCAUUAAUAGGCAAUCAUGUAUUAAGAUGUUGUCAUCCGCUUUUAGAACAAUAUGCAUUACUAGUACAAUAUUUAAUCACUCAACAAACUAUGGUUUACCGAGCUUUAUCAAAAUUUAACUAUUUACUAUCUACUUUAUUUACUGAUCUUGCUUCAAAUGGAUUUUGUAUACCUGAUGAGUUGUUGGAAGGUGAAGAUGGUACACAGAAUGAUGGGAAAAGUGGUAUGGGUUUAACUGAAGGAGAAGGAACUAAAGAUGUAUCAGACCAAAUAGAAAGUCAGGAUCAACUAGAAGAUGCCAAAAAAGAUUAUUCUGAUCAACCAGAACAAGACAAGGAUCUUAAGGAAGAAGAAAAAGGUAUUGAAAUGUCUGAUGAUUUUGAUGGUAAAUUACAUGAUAUGGAUAAAGAUGAGAAUGAAAAUUCAGAUAGUAAUGAUAAUGAUGAUGAUGAUCAAGAUAAAGAGAUGGGAGAGACUGGAGAUGGUGCAGAAACAUUAGAUGAAAAGUUAUGGGGUAGUGAUACUGAAGAUGAAAAUGGUGAUGAACAGGAAAAUCAAGAUUUAAAGGAAGAAGAUGGUCAAGGUGGAGAUUUAACUGGAGAAAAAGAAUUUGGUGCUAAGAGUGAUAAAGAAAACGCUGAAGAACAAAAUGAUAAAGAUGAAAUUGACCAGAAAAAUAAAAAUAAAGAUAUAAAUGAAUUAGAUGAAAAUGGAGAAGAAGCUGGUGAAGAUCAUUCAGAUUUCCAUCAUGGAGAUUUACAACCACCACCAGAGCCAGAACCCAUGGAUUUACCUAAUGAUCUUCAACUGGACGAAGGUGAAAUGAAUGACAAUGAUGAAGGAGAAGAUAAUCCAUUUGAUAUAGAUGCUAUGAAAGAAAAUAUGGAAAAUGUAGAAAACAAUGAUGAUGAAUAUAAUGAUAUUCCAAAAGAAGACCAAAAUAAUUUAGAAGAUACAAGUGAUGAAGAAAAUGAUGAUGGAAACAAAAUUGAUGAGACAAAAGAUGAUGGUAAUGAAGAAUCAGAUGAACAAAGCAAUGAAGAUAUUAUUAAUAAUGAUGGUGGUAAAAAAGAUGAAAAUAAAACUGGAGAAGAACCUAAAGAAGAAGACACAAAAAAAGAUAUUGAAGAAGCUAAGCCUUCAGAAGAUGAACCUAGUCAAAUAGAAACCCAACCUUCAAAUCAUAAUGAUGGUGGUUCUAAAGAUCAAGUUUGUGAAAAUACAGAUAGAGAAGAUAAAAAUGAAAAACUUGAAGAAAACAAAGAGGAAGCUACAGGUCCUGAACAACAGGGUGUUGGUAGAUCUCAAAGAGAAAGUAAAGAAACUAAAGAAGGGCAUAGUGUUAAUGAAGAUAAAGGCGCUCAAAGUGAAGAUCCAGGAACUAGAGAUAAAAAAAGAAGAAUGAAACCGGGUGAGAAGGAUGUGGAUAGAUCAUUAGCUGAGAGUAAUGGAUCGAUGAAAAAAAGAUUAAAAACCACAGACACUCAAGAUAAAAAGGUUGAAGAUGACAAUGAAAAUGGUGCUAAUGAAAAUGAAAAUAUUGAUAAAAAAAAAGGAGACUUGUUUAAACAUGUUAAAAAUUCCAAGGAAGGAGAUACAGAGACAUUAGAUGCCGCAACAAAUGAACAACUAGAAAAAAGGCCUUUACCUAAUAAUGAUGAUCAAAUGGGUGAGGACUUAAAAGAAGAUGAAGUGAUGGAAAUUGAAGAAGAAAUUAACGAAAAUGAAACUAAUAAUGGUGAAGAAGUUUUGCCAGAAAAAUUUAAACCAAGAAAACAAAAUAAUCAAUUUUUGAUGAAUGAUUUUGAUAAUUUUGAAGAAUACGAGAAUAAAAUAGAAGAACAAAUUAACGUAGAUGGUGAAAUUGUUUUGACUUCUACUGUCGAACGUGGCAUGGACACAAUGUACCAUACUGUUGAAUUAAAUGAAGGCGAUGAUAAAUAUCCUAUUGAUGUUAAAAAUCAGAAGGAGCUUAUACAAGAUCAAAUGGCUAAAUGGUUUGAUAAUGGUAAUGAAGAAUUUCAGAAAGAUGAAAUUUGGAAUCAAUGUAUGAACACAACAUCGAAUUUAGCUCAGGAGUUAAGUGAACAAUUACGACUGGUGUUAGAGCCAAGUAAAGCAUCUAGACUGCAAGGAGAUUUCAGAACUGGACGUCGAAUAAAUAUGAGACGUGUUAUUCCUUAUAUUGCUAGCCAAUUUAAAAAAGAUAAAAUUUGGCUUAGAAGAACUCGACCAUCAAAACGUCAGUACCAAAUUAUUAUGGCAGUCGAUAAUUCAAGUAGCAUGAUGGAUAGUCAUGCUAAAGUUUUGGCCUUUGAAUCUCUGGCACUUGUAAGUAAAGCACUUACAUUAGUUGAAGCUGGUGAAUUGGGAGUUAUGAGUUUUGGUCAACAAGCCAGAAUUGUUCAUCCACUAGGUGAACCUUUUACUGACAAAACUGGUGUUAGACUAACGUAUGACUUUACCUUUGAUGAACAAAAGACCAAUGUUGGUGAACUAAUUGAAUUGGCUACAGCAGUAUUUGAAGACCGGGGUCGACUAGAUUCUGGUGAUCGACCAGCUCAAUUAUUGGUUAUAAUGAGUGAUGGACGCGGUAUAAAAAGUGAAGGACCUGACGUUGUGAAAAAUGCUAUCAGAACUGCAAAACUUAAUGGAAUAUUUAUUGUAUUUAUUGUUAUUGACAAUCCUGUAUCAAAGGAAUCUAUUUUAGAUAUUAAAGUGCCAAUUUUUGAAAAUAAUUCAGUUCGUAUUGAAUCAUACAUGGACAAUUUUCCAUUUCCAUUCUAUGUUAUUUUAAGAGAUGUAGAUAAAUUGCCUGGUGUUUUAAGUGAUGCUCUCAGAGAGUGGUUUGAACUCGUUACUAUGUAAUAGUUUACAUUAGUAUAUUAAGUAAAAUAAAACAUAGAUACAUAGUACAUUCAAAAUAUAAUUAUAAAUUUUAUCAAUAAAUAAAUUAU